GCGCUCGAGCCCACAUGCGUAGAGUUUCAUGGUCGCCUGUGUCAAGUGCAAGUGACACGAAACAGUUGCCCGUUUUGGCGCAAGCUUGCUUUUUACACGAUUUACGCCUUGGUUUUCCAGCUCGAGCCUAAGCAGGUCUCUCUUUUGCGGUCAAAAGACCGUAACAAGUUCUACAUUCUCGUCGGUUCUUUACGAUCCUCCGUUUUUACCAUGUUCGCUGUGGUGGUCAGCCUGGUCCUGUUGUCGGCUGAAGCUGGCAGCAUUCGCGGCCGGGAGGAGGGGCGAACCAUUGCGGUAAAGGAUGUCCAGGCGGACUUACAAGAUGCCAUGGAGGCCGUGCUACGUGGGGAUUCUGCGUCCAAGCGCGUGGCCAACAUUGAGGCGCGUGUGUGGCAGACAUUCCAGGCCUUGCCCAAGAACGAAGUGGGGCGUUUGGCUCCGCGUGGUGUGCGAUACCUUGUGCACAGCUACUUCAUGAAGGAGCACGGCUGGCUGAUCAAGGGCUUGGACCCGCACGGCAACCAGGAUGAAGUGUCGGACGUGCAGGACGCAAGCAUCUUGCAAGACAAGGCUCCCGCGCUGGUCGAGUCGCUGUUGGAGGCAAGACGAUCCAAUCAUGGGCUGGCCUUGAACGAUGUCAUCACCAUGAUUGCCACUCUAGAGCGCUUGAUCUUUGACGAGUCCUUCACUCUCCUUCAAGCUGCCUACAACUUCAACGGUGUGAGCAUGGAUGGCUCAGUAGAGCAGAAGAGCGUUCACGACGUCCUCACCUCUUACCUCCUGCUUUUCCAGCUGGGAAACAAGGGCAACCUCACUGAUGCAAGGCUUCACCGUGCAUUGAAGGCGCGGGUGUCCCAGAGGGAUGAUUGGCUCGUGGUUGACGAGUUCCAGAGGGAUGCCGUGCUGAACCAUGACUUUGCCAAGCAGUCCCGCUCCAAUCCAUUUGUGGAGCCACUCUAUACCUUCCAGGACAGCUCUGACAUUGUGGAAGAGCUUGCCCACGGCUACGGGAAGUGGCAGAACACGGAGUGUCGGCAGAUGAAGGAUGACUUGAUGGAGCUGGACAGUGAUGGUGACGGCCGCAUUCCCAUCGGGAAGUUCUACGGCCGCUCUGAUAACACCAAGUAUCAGUUCACCGAGUCCCUGCAGUACUUGCAGGACAUUGGGGCACUGGACGAGAGCGGAUCAGAGAAGAAGGUGCGCAUUUCAAACUACCUGCAAGGACCCUCGAAUUGCAUUGCCUCAUCGACGUACUACUCGAUUUGCUGUCUCAGUGAGUGCGAUGGCUUGUUGAAUGAGUUGGAGGCAAAGAUUGGAGCUCCCACGGUGGAUCCCAUGCAUUUGCUGCGGCUGGUGGGAAACAUGUCUUCAUCCACGGUGGACACUCCAAGGCAGCUGCCGGUUUUCAUGGCCCAGCGGUUGAAGAGCAUUGCUGACCAGAAUGGUGGCGGGGUGCCUUUGCAUGGACGGCUGUUUUCGGAAUGGCUCCACUACGCCUUUCCGAACGAGUGCCCGUACCCACACAUCCUGGAAGCCAAGACUUUGACACCCUCCCACUGGGCAAACAAGAAAGUGUCUGUGGAGCCGGAGACUCGAUCGGAGCUUGCUUCCACGGCUGCGGAGGAGGAGGACAGCUUGCCGAAGGAGAUCGUGUGGAGUUCUCAGGAAGUGCUGCACGUGCAGGAGACCAAGAAACGGUCCACCUCAGUCUUCAGAACCAUCAUGCAGCUGGCAGUUCUGUUGGCGGUGUUGCGUGCAGCCAUCGGCAACUGGGCAACUCUCCGCAGCAUGGUGGCUCCAACGAAGGGGAAGAAGUGCGACGACUUUCAGCUUCCCUUCUGAAGAGCGCCUUGUGUUUCUCACCCUGCAAAGAUUGAGCCAUCGUGCACCGAAAGCGGAGAAAUCGGAUUGUGGCCAGCAUGUGCACAAGCAGAAG